AUGGAGAAGAAACUUUCUACAGACGUUUCCGUGCCCGAGGAUACUAGCCCGGGCGAUGUUUUACCCUACCGACAGACACAGCGCGGUCUGACAUCCCGACAUGUGCAACUAAUGGCCAUCGGAGGUUCAAUCGGAACUGGGCUUUUCGUCGGUAUUGGAUCCUAUCUGCGAGAUGCCGGUCCGCUGUCUGUGUUCCUUGGGUAUCUUAUCUGGGGAUGUCUCUUUAUCUUGCCUGUCAAUCUGUGUGUUGGAGAAAUGGCUGCAUAUCUCCCUAUUCGUGGGUCGAUCUUUGAGCUCGCUGCCCGGUUUAUUGACCCGGCAUUUGGGUUUGCUAUGGGCUGGGUAUAUUUCUAUGGCGGUGUGAUGCUAGUUUGUACAGAGUACUCUGCAGUCGCAACAAUCAUGCAAUACUGGAACACGAGCGUCAAUCCUGCCGUUUGGGUAGCCAUGGCGCUGAUUGUUUGCACAAUCCUCAACCUUGUUUCCGUGAGAUGGUACGGCGAGAGCGAGUUCGUCCUAGCAUCGACCAAAAUCCUUCUCCUUAUUGGACUUAUCCUCCUCACCUUCAUCACAAUGGUUGGAGGAAACCCCAAGCACGAUGCCUACGGUUUCCGUAAUUGGACCGAGGGUGUCAUGUUCGAGUACUAUACCGAGGGCACCACGGGCCGAUUCUUGGGCUUCUUCUCCGUCAUGGUCUAUGCUGCCUUCUCCGUCGCUGGACCUGAUCUGCCAGCCCUAGCCGCAGGAGAGAUCCAGAACCCACGAAGUGACCAUCCCCCGAGUUGCGAAGAUGACAUUCUGGCGCAUCGUGGGAUUCUAUGUCGUCGGAGUCCUGAGCACCCGCGCGACCCACGUCUCAUGUCCGCGAUUGAUGACGGUGCCGCUGGCUCCGCCGCUUCACCUUGGGUUAUCGGAAUCGAGAACCUCGGAAUUACGGGCCUGCCGGAUCUGAUCAACUUUCUGAUUUUGUUAUCAGGCUGGUCAUGUGGCAAUGCCUACCUUUACAGCUCUAGCCGAACACUCUACUCUCUCGCUCGUGAUGGCCAAGCGCCGAAGUUCCUUUUGAAAUGCACUGCAUCCGGCAUCCCCAUCAACUGUGUCAUCACGGUAUCUGUUUUGUCUUGCAUUACCUUCCUCGUGGCUAGUACCUCUUCCGUCGAGGUGUUCUUCUGGUUCGUCGAUCUGACCACCAUCGCCUUCGUGCUCACCUACACCGGCAUGGUCUGCGUCUUCAUCGCCUGGUACCGCGCCAUGAAAGCGCAAGGAAUUGACCGCAAGUCAUUCGUCCCAUGGGCUGCUCCGUUCCAGCCAUACGGAGCUAUUCUCGCUAUCAUUAUUGGCUGCGCUACUGCUGUCUUCAAUGGCUUCUCUGUCUUCAAGCCUUUCAGUGUGCAAGGCUUCAUCACUUCGUAUUUCGGUCUGGCGUUCUGGAUCGUCAUGUUUGUAUUCUGGAAGGUGUAUCAUCGGAGUUCCUUCGUGAAAGUUGCAGAGGCAGAUCUGUACUCUGGGAAGGCGGAGAUCGAUGAAGAGUGCAAGAUCUGGGAAGAAGGUGGGUGGGCGGAACGGCGGAAGGAGGAGCUGGCUAACAUGCAUUGGGCCCGGCGAGUAUGGGAGAAAAUGUGGUGA